UACAGACUCGCGCGCGCGCAUUUAUUGAAACAUUAAAAAUGUUUCCUAACCGUUGGCAUUUGCUAAACAAUAACAAAAUUACUUGAUACGAUCCGCAAUCGAUAUUUAAUUCAAAUCAUUCUCGACCUUCGCGUUGUGAACAACACUUGUGUUGCACAAGAAAUAAAAGAAAAUACAAAUUAAAUAAAAGUGCAAAAACCAAAGUCCGGUUUCGUUCCCUAGCCUGUUGACUUCGAUGGGGUUAAAUAAAAACAAAACCGUAGUCUUGUGAUGAUACUGUUGUGAGCUUGAAUUAUACUUUUGUUGUUGGUGAAUAAAUAAACUAUUUAUAAUAAGAUAAAUUAAAUAGUAAAAGUAUAAUAAUAUAAGUGGUGACAUAUAGCGUUCCCAAAAUAUUCCUAUUACUCGUUUGCGUUCGCAAAACUGAAGAUGGUCUGGCACUGGAUACUGUUAGUUACAGUAUUUGUGCAUUCAGCGCGAAGCAAUGACGUACACGGAUUAGAAACUAAUUCUGACACAUAUAAACCAUCAUGGGUCUACAAAUGCGAUCCGGAGUACGGCUGCGAGAGGUCAGACUUACCGUCACAAGGUCACGCCGUGAACACCACCAAUAUCUUCAAGAGUUUGGACCUCUGCCGGACUGUGUGCGGUCGCUUCGGCGGCAUGUGGCCCAGGCCCGUCACUGCCUCAUUGAGUUCAAACACUAUCAAGAUUCAUCCAAAUUACAUCAGAUUUGACUUGAGAGAUGUCCCCUUGGAGACGAGAGAGAUCCUAGUAGAAAUGACUCAAAUCACCUCGACCAACUUGUUGGCCGAAUGUGGUGGCAACGUCACUGAUGUGGUAACGACGCCAGUCGUCGUCCACUUAUCAGUCAAGUCUUCCAGUCUCACACUCACAUGGGAUACUAACGAAGAAUACUUCUUGGAUAUUCAGAGUAAAGGUAACAGCAUAACAAUACAUAUAUCUGCAGAAACAGUAUACGGAGCGCGUCAUGCGUUAGAGACAUUAACACAUUUAACAGCCUCCGAUAGACCGGUCUAUUCAACUGAACAGAGAUGCGGUCUUCAUAUCUUAGCUGGUGCAACAGUCCGAGACAGACCAGCUUACGGUCAUCGUGGAUUGGUGCUGGAUACUUCUAGAAACUUCAUGCCCAUGGUUGAUAUAAAGAGGACGAUUGAUGGAAUGGCAGCUACCAAAAUGAAUGUAUUUCAUUGGCAUGUGACAGAUUCUCAUAGCUUCCCAUUAGAAUCGAAGAGCGUACCUCAAUUUACGAAAUACGGAGCGUACUCCGCACAAGAGUUGUACAGGACAGAGGAGGUACGCGAACUGAUACAGUACGCCAAGGUGCGCGGUGUGCGCGUCGUUAUUGAGAUAGACUCGCCUGCGCACGCCGGCAACGGCUGGCAGUGGGGCAAGGACUACGGCUACGGUGAUCUAGCUGUAUGCGUGAACGCGGAAUCAUGGCGCCGACUGUGCAUCCAGCCGCCGUGUGGUCAACUGAACCCCGCCAACCAGGCGGUGUACCGCGUGCUGCGGCGACUGUACAAGGACAUUGUAGACCUCCUGCCCAAGCCUGCGCUUUUCCACGUCGGCGGUGAUGAGGUACACUUAGGUUGCUGGAAUUCUAGUGAAGAAAUAGUUAAUUACAUGAAACACAAAGGCUUCGACACAGAUGUGGAAGGCUUCAUCAGACUGUGGGCGGAGUUCCACUCUAAAGCUCUCCAGAUUUGGGAUGAGGAGAUCUUAGCUUCAGGGGGUGAGAAGCAGCCCGUCCUCAUUUGGUCUUCAGAGCUCACCCAACCUGGGAGGAUUCAAAACUAUUUAGAUAAGGAUAGAUACAUAAUUGAAGUAUGGGAGCCCCUGAGCAGUCCGCUACUGACGCAGCUGAUGCGUUUGGGUUACAAGACUAUAUCCAUACCGAAAGACAUUUGGUACUUGGACCACGGCCUGUGGGGUAAGACCAAGUACUCCAACUGGCGGCGGAUGUACGGACACCUGCUGCCGCGAGACCCCACAGUGCUGGGCGGAGAGGUCGCAUUGUGGAGCGAGUACAUCGACGCUCAGGCAUUAGACACACGAGUAUGGCCCCGCGCGGCUGCUGUGGGCGAGCGGCUGUGGAGCGACCUCCGCAGCGGGUUUGCGGCGGCGGAGCCCCGCAUGCAGCGGCACCGCGCGCGUCUCCUCGCCCGCGGCCUGCGCCCCGACGUGCUCUCCCCCGCCUGGUGCGCGCAUCAUGACUCCAGGUGCUUCUAAACCAGGUAUUCCUAAAGGGGUCGAUAUCGAACUUAAUG